AAGAGUUAAGCUAUGUUUUACGUCUUUAAGGUUUGUAUGCAUCAUCAUGUUUGGCACAGCACUGAUCUAGUCGUGUUCACCAUGUGUUCUCGUGCUGUUUCACUCCUUUGUUUCACUCCUGUGUGUCACUCCUCCCAUCUAAUCGCCUCCGACACACGAGAUGAAACACGUUUCGACAACAUGUCGUUUGACACCCAACGAUCACGUAUUAAACUAGUAGCCUAUUAAAAUACGCCUGAUAUUACAUCUAAAACGAAAAAUUCGAAAUCGCUGUAGAAAGUGAGAAAACAGGACUAGAGAUGACAAAUGAAACACAGCCGUGUGAUUUCCUGAAGUGACUUUACUCCUGCGGCGCGCGCUCAGACACCUGACCCACAUGGCCCACGUUAGCGAUCAGUACGCGUCUCUAAACUAUCCCGAGGAGAAUGACGAAACCAGGAGUGAAGAGUUCGAGUCAGACGUCACUCACAACCGUUCCACAGCCGUCCCACAACCUGCGCAGAUCGUUCACCAGCAUCACCCAGUGAGCUUCGCCCAUCAGACGCCCUUCCCCAGCUGGGACGGUCCCAUCAGGGCGGACUCUCCUCACAGCCUGCCCUCCUGCCUCUACCACACGCUCUCAGACGAAGCCUCGUAUUUCCCCAGCAGGCCUCGCUCUCUUCCAGACAGCUGUAGUCCGAGUCUGGAGAGUCUGGAUUAUCCCAGAUCUCUGCGUUCCUUUCCUCCGUCUGCGAACAUGUACCACCAUCCCUCGCCCUCGUACCCCAACGCUUACCUUCGGCCGCCCUGCAGCGGUCGGUUCGGUCCACCGCCGCAUCACCUCAUCCCCGUCCAUCACUGCAGCUCCUCAGGCCUGAUGCAGUACAGACAAAUGGACACACGCUUCUCUGAAAAUGGAAAUGCGUCUGUGAACUCCAGACAGGCCAGUCAGGGUAUCACAAACCUGCCGCAGGAACAGAGGAAAGUUUUCGUCACCUACGAAGCCGACAGUGAAGAGCACUUGAAGGAGAUCAUUAAAUUCGUGUCUUUGCUGAGGAACAACGGCUUUGACACGCAUAUUGAUGUUUUCGAGCAGCAGCUGAACAGCAUCAGUAAGAUCGACUGCAUGGAGCGAUAUCUCAAUGAGAAAGAUUACCUGAUCAUCAUCAUCAUCAGCCUGAGGUAUUACGAGACCAUAUCAGGCCUGAACAUCAGCGACGAGAGAACCUCGAACACUGUGUACAUCCACAAACAGCUGCAGAGUGAAUUCAUUCAGAACGGAUGCAGGAACUACAGGUUCAUUCCUAUUCUGUUCCCGGGGGCUAAAAAGUGUUACGUUCCCACCUGGCUGCAAAACACACAAGUCUACAGCUGGCCGAGAGACCGGGACGAUAUUCUGCGCAGGUUAAUGCGUGUGGAGAAAUACAACCCUCCUCCCAUCGGUCCUCUGCCGACCAUCAUCUCCAUUCCUCUUUAGAGCAGCGCUUCGAAUCGCAGACGAGCCAUAAGUUAAAAAAAAAAAGUAACAGUUCACCCAAAACUGAAAAAACACGCAGAUAAUGUUCUCACCCUCAGACCAACUGAGA